AUGGCUUCCAGAAUUUUCUUUCCAGACUUGGAGGCGAAUUGGAUGUGGCCUCGCCGUGUGAACCCCCACACGCCAGAAAUCAAGCAGGAAUGCCUGGAAUGGGUUGGUCGAUUUGGCGCUUUCACGCCAGCCGCGCAAAAGGCUUUCGAUAAGUGUGAUUUCAAUCAAUUAAGGAGUGCAUGCGACUUGAUGAACUUGUUCUUCAUAUUCGACGAGCACUCUGAUAAAUGCAACGGAGAUGAAGUUUGGAACCAGGUAGACAUCAUUAUGGAUGCUUUUCACUUUCCAGAGAAACCUCGUCCGGAAGGUGAAUGGAUUGGUGGCGAAGUUGCACGACAAUUUUGGUCUCGCAUCAUCGGAAUUUCCACUCCAACCUUCCAGAAAAGGUUCCUCGAUACAUGGGAGGAGUAUCUGCAGGGAACCGCACAACAGGCAGAAGACCGCUGCAGGUCGAAGAAGGUAAUCUGCGACAUUGCCACUUACCUCACAGUCAGGAGACGUACCAUUGGCGCAAGACCGUCUUUCAAUAUCAUCGAGAUAGACAUGGAUCUGCCAGAUGAGGUCGUUGGCCAUCCUACAAUCAGAGAGCUGGAGCUGCUUGCUACUGAUCUCACUAUUAUUGCCAAUGACAUCCUGUCGUACAAUAAAGAGCAAGCUUCCGGUGACGAUGAACAUAACCUCAUCACUAUUGUUAUGAAGGAACAGAAUACCGAUGUUCAAGGAGCAAUCGACUGGACUGCGAAGCUACAUGCUGAGAUGAUUCAUCGUUUCAACAAGCUCUAUCUCUUCGAGAUUCCCAAAUGGGGCGGUCCACUCGAUUUGGAUGUUCAGUCGUAUGUGAAUGGGAUGGCUCAGUGGGUGGGCGCUUAUGUCCAAUGGAGUUAUGAGAGUGAGAGGUACUUUGGGAAGCGGGGCCUUGAAGUUAAGAAGACGAGAAUGCUGUCUUUGUUGCCAAAGAAUUCGAAGGUGAAUGGGCAAGGGGAGAUUGGGCCUGUGGUACUUGAUGAUCUUUCACUGUAG